AUGUCUGAACAAAUAUUCAUGUCUGGGAUAAAACCGUUAGCUGUGAACAAUGGCAACGUGUCGGAACAAUGGCGUCGAUGGAAGCAAAAAUUCGAAAUUUUUUGUGACGCUAAUGAUAUUAAAAAACAAGAUGAGACAAAGCAAGUGGCUAUUUUUUUGAACACAAUUGGUGAUUAUGGCAUUGAAAUAUAUAAUUCCUUCAACAUCGACAGAAAAAAUAUUUCUUUGGAAAAUCUGAUAAAAGCGUUUGAUGAGAAAUUUAAUCCUCAAAGUAAUAUCACAGUAGAAAGAUACAAUUUCUUCACAAGGACUCAACAAAUAGAUGAAUCUUUAGACAAUUAUGUAACAGUAUUAAACAAUUUGGUUAUGUCUUGUGAAUUUAAUACCUUGAAAGAUUCUUUGGUUAGAGAUAUGUUUGUUAUUGGCAUUCAAAAUUCAAAAAUUCGUGAAAGUUUGCUUCAGCAGGAAAAAUUAACACUGGAAGAUGCAUUAAAAAUUGCUAAAAGCAUGGUACUGUCCCAGGAGCGUUCGUCAAGAAUCACACAGUCGCAUACACCCAAGGAAUUAUUCAACAAUAUUCAAGCGCUGAAAAACAUUAACAAUCAUCAA